AUGUCACUAGUAUCACUCAAGUCAUCACAAAUGGUUUUGUCGCGCACGUGGGUUCUGCGAGCAUCAUGCCUCAGGCAGACUCGUCAGGCUAGCUCUAACCCUAAAUCCGCCUCUUCUCCGACAGAUACAAAAAACAAUCAGAAGCAAUCCUCACCAGAAUCUCAGCCUGAGCAGCCCAAGAAGCGUAAGACUCUGGCUGAGCUGGACGAGGAGCUUCGCCAGAAAAUGGCUGGCCAUGCUGGUGAUGGCGGUGAUGCUGGUGUUGAAUAUGAAGACGGUGUCCCUGUCUCCAUGAAGCGCUCCGUCAAGAACAACAUGUUCCGCUACAUCUGA